AUGAGUCGACUCAAACUCUACGUUGCAGGUUCGGCCGUCGUGGCCAACCUCGUGCUGAUGCGCGCAUACUAUGAGCGCCCAAACUUCUACUCGGCCGCCGUCUACAUCUCCCAGAGCACCGGCUCGCUCAUGUUCCUGGUCAAUCUCAUGCUCAUAGUCGCCGCGAGCUUUGGUUAUGGACUCCAACGACUCUUCUAUGGCCCUCUGCGCCCCAUCGAGACGGAGCAGCUAUACGACAAGGCUUGGUUUGCUGUGAGCGAGACAUUACUAGCAAUGACCAUCUUCAGAGACGAUCUUGGCAUGUGGUUCUUCGCCAUGUUCCUCUGCUUGCUCGCAGGCAAGGUCUGGCAGUGGAUCGGGGAGGGAAGGGUCGAGUUUCUCGAGCAACAGCCGCCCGCGAAUCCAAAGUUGUUCCACACCCGCCUGAUGAGCUCCCUGCUACUUUCCGUUGGCUUCGAUAUAUUCAUGAUGCAAUACUGCAUCGAUUCCAUUCUCUCAGAGGCGCGGCCUGGUGUCAUGGUCAUGUUUGGCUUCGAAUACGUCCUCCUGGCGACCGCAUCCAUUUCGACUCUGCUACGAUACACGCUCUCGCUCGUCGAACUAUUCAUCACACAGCGCCAAGAGAAGGCACGAGAGGAGGCUCGCAGAAUUGCAAGAGAACAGACACGUCAACAGGCAGCAGCAGCUGGAGCUGAAGCGCCUGUCGAGAUAGAGGAGGAGGAAGAGGAGGAGGAAGAUGAAGGCGACGUGCCCGGGUGGGAGGAAAAGGGCCGCUGGGUGUUUUACUUGGAUCUCGCGACCGACUUCGUCAAGACACUUGUCUAUCUGGGCUUCUUCGUCAUUCUCAUGACAUUCUACGGCAUACCCAUCCAUAUUAUGCGAGACCUGUUCAUGACGAUACGAUCCCUUCUCAAGCGAAUCAACGACUUCAUCCAGUACCGGAACGCGACCCGCGACAUGAACACACGCUAUCCAGACGCGACAGCAGAAGAACUGGAUCGAGAGAAUACAUGCAUCGUCUGUCGCGAGGAGAUGCGGCCCUGGACACAGCCAGGUGCGGAUGGUGCGCAGCCUGGCCGAAGGAUGGAUGAGCGACAACGGCCGAAGAAGCUUCCAUGUGGGCACAUCUUGCAUUUUGGCUGUCUUCGUAGUUGGUUGGAGAGACAACAAGUGUGUCCCACGUGCCGAAGACCAGUACUCGCAUCGGCGACGACACAGAACACACAGCGCAACAACCAGGCCAACCCCGGAGAGCAAAACCAGCAGAACCGAGAGGCGUUGCGAGCAAUGUUUGGAGGAAAUGCACAACAAGGUGCCGUUGGAGGGCAACAAGGUCAGGGCCAACAGGCAGCACCGCAAGGUGCACAGGCGAAUCCCCCAGCCGGCAACAUGCGCGUUUUCAACUUCGGACCCUUUCGAGUUGCUCUCGGGAAUAUUCGGGUACCACCCGGCCAACAGGAUAACGUCGCUGUGCAGAAUGCGAUUCAGCGACUGCGUCAACAGGCUGCCGCGAACAACGUGGCGCAAAAUCAAGACCAACAAAACCAAGCACAGGGCCACAUAGCGGUCACACAAGGCGUUGCUCCCAGCUUUCCUACUGGACCCAUGCCCGGAGCUAUCGCACUUCACCCGUCAGAUAUUCAGUCGGACAUACUGCGUAUACAACAGAACAUCAUUGAAUCGAUGCGAAGUUUGAACGUACAACAUGAGCAACUCGAGGUUCUCCACAGACUUCUUGCUGAGCUCAACCGACUUCAACAGGCUUCUGGCGUAACAGCCGCAAUAGGGCAAGAGCUACCGCCUAUUGCCUCGUUGAAUGCAUCCAGUACGAAUUCAUUUACUCCACAAGCCUAUUUCUCUAGAGGUUCCGUCUUGCGUCAGGGUGAUCCUGGUGUACCCGAAGGGCUAACGCUACCGGAAGGGUGGACAUUGAGGCCGAUGGCACUAGCGCCACGGACUGGCCAAGAAACCGCGACACGUCCAUCCUCGCAACCUGGACAUCUGGCGCAAGAAGACAGCUCGGCGCAACCUCAAUCGCAACCAUCGCAGCCAGUAGUGGGAUCUGAAGCAGGGCCUUCAACGUCUGCUACUGUGACUCCUCAAAGCCAGCCAACCCCAUCAGCGCCAAACGCGACUGUUUCUGAUCAGUCCUCGACUUCGUCCCCAAAGCCUGCCGAUCCCAAUAGUCUUGAGUCUAGCUGGAGUUUUGGCAACGUAGGGGAAAGGACUGAGACUGAGGGUUCAAGCUCUGCGGUUGCUGACAAUAAUUCGGACAGUCAGGGUGCGACGAGGCGGACGGUCACCAUGGAAGAUGUUGCAGACGUUAAACCUCAGCUGCCUCCCAAGACACCACAUCGAGGCGGCUACGUGCAGGUCGUGAACAGCACAAGGUUGGAACGGUGGCCUAGGCGGUGCGAGGACACGAUGGCGGUCAAGUUGGACCAUGCACAUGUUGCGCGUAAGGCUGAAGAAGCCGAGGUAUCUACAUGUGUCUCUGGCAUUAUAGAAGCCUUCACAAAUGGAUUGGACAUCUUCAAAAAGUUGCGCGAGAGGAGAAGAAAGCGCAGAUCAAAGAGAGAUACCGAAGUACCUGAUUCAACAAGUACUGCGGAGCACCAACUUUCAAAAAGCUUACGCAGAGGGCCGGAGGAGGUGGCCGGGAAGUAUACUGAAUGCUACUACAGCGGCAUCGGGCCGCGAUUCGCAAAGGGCGACUCUAUUGCCCAUGCAUCCCUCGCAGAGAUCUUGAUCAAAUUAAACACCGGCCUAGUUGCUAUUAUCGCAGCGUUUUUAAAUCAUGAUGGACACAAAAGCGGAAAGGGCCACCUAGAUCUAGACUACAAGUCAUUGACCCAUCUCUCCGAUGCAUCACGUCGCGAAGCACUACAAAGCCUUGCUCAAUUGUAUCAGCGACUAAGCCAAUCUCAACUUCAGCUGCAUAGCAUUGGCGCUCCACCAUGCCCGCGAUGCGGCACAAGUAAACACCACGACUGUUCUUCUCGAAGCACCAGUCCUGAGAAGGAGAAGAGAAAGCACUCGAGCUCUUCUCGCCAACGCUCUUCAGGCCCAGUAGUAACACGCAUGUCCAUCAAAAGUCGGAGCUCGAAUGAACCACGGCUCGUCGUCAUGCGACCAAAGACCUCCCGUAAAGACAGCUCAUCGAGUAAGAAAUCUAGCUCAGUGAAGUCGCCAUCCAAUUCAUCACGCAGCUCUUCUCCAUUGGCAUCUCCCGAGCCAAAGAAGAUUCAGAUGGCACCACAACUACCCCUUUAUGUACCUGUCGAGCCAUUCGAGAUUGAAACGUCUGGUGUUAUCAGAGGUACACUAGGUGGCGGUCCAACAAAGACAAGUGGUGCUGUCAAGCAGCGCGUUGAUUCCUUCGACGACCCACGCGAACCAUGGCCCCAGGAAGCUGCCUACACCACUAGCAAAUCACCCUCCCCAAAGCACCUCAAUGAGCCUACCCCCAAGCUCCCUACCUUUGCCCCUACAACCCGCCGCUCCUCGUCUCCUGCUCACUCCAAACCUUCAGUCUCUUCCAAGCCGCCAGUUCCAAACAAACCUUCCUACCUAUCUCCUCCGCCAUUACUCGAUCAGGCCCCAGCGACCCUUCACUUCCGUCGUCGCUUGGACAAAGCCACACCAUCUAGCUACACUUUUGCUUCCGACAGCACGAGAUUGGGAGAGAUACCACAGAGACAGUGGACUAAGCCAUUUGAUUAUGAGGAAGCUGAACGACUCAACGCGGAGGCUGCCCUGACUGGCUACCCAAAUGCACCGAUGGCAGACUCCAAGGACGCCAAAAAGAAGAAGCGCUUUGGCUUCAUGCGACGAGGUGAUUAA